CAUCUGCCCCCGACUCUCACCAAACACCCACGUCCAUCUUUCCAUCGAUACCCUACACGCCUCCGUCUAGAACGACAACUCCAUAGAGCACUCCCGACGGCCCAGGACAGCUAAUCACAUACACCAUGAGCACCAACCAGGCGAGCGCAAGCCCCCUGCCCGAGGGCGUCACGGACCCCAACUACAAGCCUCCUCCCGGCCGCCUGGGCAACCUCACCGUUCCUCAGCAGCAUGCACUCGAGAAGCUCAAGAAGGAGCUUCAGGACGGAGGCAUUUUCGUUCCAGAGCGCCAUGACGAUGCGACUCUCCUCAGGUUCCUGCGUGCGCGCAAGUUCGACGUGGAGAAGGCCAAGGUCAUGAUCAUCUCGUGCGAGCAAUGGAGGAAGGAGUUCGGCGUCGACGACAUUUUGACCACCUUUGACUUCCCGGAGAAGGAGGAGGUGGACAAGUACUACCCCCAGUACUACCACAAAACCGACAAGGAAGGGCGCCCGAUCUACGUCGAGCGUCUGGGGCUGCUCGACAUCAAGGCUCUCUAUGCGAUCACGACGCAGGACCGGCAGCUGAAGCGGCUCGUGUACGAGUACGAGAAGUUCCUCCGCGAGCGCCUGCCCGCGUGCUCGAAGGCGAUCGGGCACCCCGUCGAGACGUCGUGCACGAUCCUCGACCUCCAGAACGUCUCGCUGAGCAACUUCUACCGCGUCAAGGACUACGUCAUGCAGGCCGCGUCCAUCGGCCAGGACCGCUACCCGGAGACGAUGGGCAAGUUCUUCAUCAUCAACGCGCCCUGGGCGUUCUCCACCGUCUGGACGUUCAUCAAGCCCUGGCUCGACGAGGCCACCGUCGCCAAGAUCGACAUCUUGGGCAGCGGCUACAAGGACAAGCUCCUCGCCCAGAUCCCCAUAGAGAACCUCCCCAAGGAGUUCGGCGGCACGUGCCAGUGCCCGGGCGGAUGCUCGUUGAGCGAUGCUGGGCCUUGGAACCCUCCGAAGUAGAAUGGACAAGACGUGCGGUGUUCUCAGGGUUGAUGACGGCUCGGCGGGAACGGCAGACACGGACCCGGUAGUAAUGUAGUUUUACCCAACUUUCUCGGAGGAGGCGAAUCGCAGAUGCUCAAUUUCCUUGACUUGACCAUGCGAGAAUAUUCUCUUCAUCUAUGUACACCGGCAUGCAACCGACUGCAAGCUAAGCCCCG